AUGCCCACGCCUCUCAUCAUCGACACGGACCCGGGCGUCGACGACGUGCUGGCCAUUCUCCUCGCACUCGCCUCUCCCGAGGUCUCGGUCAAGGCCCUCACGCUCACCUUUGGCAACACGACGCUCGACUAUGCCUACUCGAACGUGCUGCGGACGGGCGCGGUGCUGCAGCAGCACCUCUCGGACGCCUCGACGCCCCAGCAGGUCAAGGACCGCUUCGUCUCGUUCCGCCCCGACGCCGAACCCAUCCUCGUCGCUCUCGGCGCCGAGCAGCCGCUGGGUGGACAGAGAUUCACUGCCAGCUACUUCCACGGGCGCGACGGACUGAGCGGCCUGCACUCUCUGCCCGACGACCCUUUCCCCGCCCCGUCUUCGCCGCCCUUGCCGUUUGCGCCGACGGACAGGUCGGCCAGCCAGGUCAUGCUCGAUGUGCUGAGGGAGCAGCCGGAGGGCACCGUCCGCAUUGCCGCUCUCGGACCCCUCACCAACCUCGCCCUGGCGUGCCAGCAGGACCCCGCCACUUUUGCCCGCGUCGGCGGCAUCUCGGUCAUGGGCUGUGCGCUAGACGUGCCCGGCAACACGUCGGCCGUGGCCGAGUUCAACACCUUUGCCGACCCCUGGGCGGCCCGGUUUCUGUUCGAGGAGGCGCCCCUCGACCCUGCUCUCAACGGACGGCGCCUGCCUAUCGACCUGAUCCCGCUCGACAUCACCAGCUACCACACCAUCCCCUACAGCCGCCUCGUCACGGCGCCGCACGGCUGCUCCGUCGAUCCGCAGGCCGAGGCCGAGCUGGAACGCACGACGCAUCCGAGCGUACUGGAACGCUACAUCUCGACCUUCCUCACCCACCCACGCAUGGUGACCAACGGCUAUGCCACGCCAGAAGAGUUCCACCCCGACAAGCACGACCUCUUCCAGGCCCACGACCCGCUCGCCGUCGCCCACGCCGUCUUUGUGCCCGUCGUCGGUCCCUCGUCGCAGCAGCAGCAGCAGCAGCAGGAAGCUGGUGGCGCUGGCGCAGGGUGGAAGCACAGCCUGAGGAGGUUCAGGGUCGAGUGCAGCGGCGACGUGACGCGGGGCAUGUGCGUCGUGGACCGGAGGGGGCUCAACAACCUCGCCGGCCUCAACAAGGCCCUCGACGACCCGCACGCCGAGCGCGUCAUCGCCAAGGUCGACGAGCCGUCGCACUCGGCCACGGGCAGCAACGGCGUCGACGCCAAAAAGGCACGGCAGAACGGCAAGGCCGACGACGAGGAUCCAGUCGGACUGGUCAAUGUCGUCGUCGAGACGCCCGGCGUCGACUGGUUCGCCAGCAUGUUUUUGGAGCGCCUCGGUCUCUGA